UUCAUCUCAUCUGCGCUGUUGGUCUUUUUCUCGAAACCCCUUUACGACGCGUUCCUGGCGGAACAAAGGCCUGCUAGCAGAGAGCUUCGUUCGAUACGAAUUGGUCCUAAGUAGAGAACGAAUUUGGGUGGAAGGAUGGAAUCGGUGAAGAAGGCUAACCAGAGGUUGAAAAAUUAUCCUGCUUUGUUGGCCAAGUGUUCGGUUCCUGCUGCUGCUUAUGCCGCUUGUGUAACCACGGAUCUAAACGUUUCCCACAAGAUGUGUGAGAAAGAGUUUCAGUUAUUCAAAGAGUGUUUGCAAAAAGCAGCUAGUGAAAUGAAGACAAAAUUAUGACUCUUUCCAAACAUGAACAGUGUAGUUUUUACUAAUGUUACACAUCGGAGAAAUAUAAUCAUUAAAUAAGUCGACGACUUCAACCAUGAUGUCCUUCAAGAAGCACCUAAUAAUCAGCAUUGCUAUACGGAUAUUUCUCGUAUACUACGGAGAAGUACAGGA